UUUUUUUUUUUUUUUUACGAAUAGUAUAUAAUGGUUGCUCCCUAAAUUUCGUUUUCUUCUUUCUCUCUCUAUCUCUCACUCUCUCUUCUUUCCUUAUUCCCUCAUUUUUACCCACUAUGAUUUUUAAUAAGACUAUUUUGAUCGCAACAGCAGUUGCACUUUUGUAUUCCGAUAUCGCCUUCGCACAAGCUGCCGCAGCCCCACCUGCCGUUGUUGUUGCUGAAUCAUACGCUAUUCCUAACGCCAAAAUCGCAUGGAAGAAUGAGUAUCCUGUAGGCGCAACUAAGCCUGCCCCCAAAGCUGAAUGGGUAGCUUUAGUUAAGGAAGACCCCGCAUUGAGUAUUGCUCCUAAUAUCAUUACUUCAAUUGGUGGUAUUAUUCAAAAUGCUGAUCCCACUGGUAAAAACACAUAUUGUAACUGGACCUGGGAUGGUUGUGUUAAGCCCACUGAUAUUGUGCAUUGUACAGACAAGACCAUUUGGGGAACAAGUUUCGAUGAUGGACCUUAUGAAAUCACUCGUGAACUUUUAGCCUACUUGAAGACAAUUGAUGUUAAAGUCACUUUCUUCGUGGUUGGUAAGCAAGUCAUUAUGUGGCCUGAAGUCCUUAAGGAAGCCUAUGAUCAAGGUCAUGAAAUUGGUAUUCACACUUGGGAUCAUGCUGAGUUAACUACACUCUCCACUGAGCAAAUCAUUGGUGAAUUGAAAUGGACCGAGCUCGCUAUUAAAGAAGUCAUUGGUGUCACCCCCCGUUUGAUGCGUCCCCCUCGUGGUGAUAUCGAUGAUCGUGUACGUUAUAUUGUCAACCAACUUGGUUAUACUCCUGCCAUGUGGUCUGUUGAUUCUCAAGAUUGGAGAAUUACUGCUGGUGGACAAACUGAAGCUGGUCUUUUAGGCAAUGUUACUCAAUGGGUGAACACUCUUUCUUCUUUAACCAAAGGUGGAGGAAACUCUUUAAUGCACGAUUUAAACAAUGUAACAGUGGGCGCAGCUCUUAAGGCUUUACCUAUCUUGCAUCCUGCUGUCAAAUUGAGUCCUGUUGGCGUUUGUGCUGGUUGGGCAUCCGGAAGCUCCUACCUUGAAACGCAUCAAGCAGCAGCUGUUGUCCCCGCUGCUAGUGAGACCCCAGCUGCUAUUACUCCUGCUGGUAAUGGUGAUUCCAAGACAACUACCCCUCAAGCCAGCAGUGGUGUCCCUAAUUCUGUAAAGGCCACUCCUGAAGGUUCUGCUGCUACUUCUCUUAAGGUUUCCGUUACCGUUGCUGUCACUGCUGCCCUUGCAGCUAUCGUCGCUGCCCUUUAAACAAGAAGUGUCUUUCUCUCUCCCCUUUUUUUUGCCAUAAGUAGUUAUCCCCCCCUUACCCACACACAUUUAUAAUAGACUUAAAUGCUCCCCCCAAUGUAUUACCCUUUCUUUCUCUUUUUUAUUUUUUUCUUUUAAUUAAUGAUGCCUUUUUCUCUCUCUCUCUCUCUCUCUUUCUAAACCCCCUUUCUUCACUAUUUAUCUGAAUAUCUAUAUAAAAAAAUAAAAAAUAUAUAC